AUGGGGGACAUUAACAUUGCUCUGCUUGUUAUUGCAAUUGUUGUAUCAUUGCUUUCCAUCGCCGUCAGUAUUUAUCUCCUCAUUAACUACCAACAUCCAGAUGACUCGAACCAAGCGUACUUUCCAAAACUUGUCGUGGUCAUUGUGUUUGUGUUCGGGGGACUCCUUGGAAUUCUUUAUGGAUUCGUUGGUUACGUGGAGUAUCCUGUAAAGAGGCUGGUCUCUGCGACUAUUCCCAUGACGAACGACUUUAGCUCGCUUGGCAGUCAGGCUUCCUGUGUUUCCUUGUAUAAUACUGGUCUGGGCGCGUGUUCUUCUUAUGCUUCUCCUCAAGGAUCCAAGACCACGUGGACACUGAGGGUCUCGUUUCCGAAGUACAUUAUUGCAUUAUUUACGAUACUGGGGUCUCUCUUAUUCUCAAUUUUUGGUGGUGUUGGCAUAGCCGUCUUGCCACUUUCAUCUAUUCUUUCCUUUCUAAGGCGUCCAAGAGCCACAAUAACUCGCUCGGAGUACAUCAAGGAAGCCACAGCAAUUGGGAAAAAAGCCAAGGAGAUACAUGAACUUGCUGUUACUCUUCAGCAGGAGGAGAGAAGUGGCGGUAAAACUUGGGCAUGGAGGCGAAAUGCAAAGAAGUUGCAGCAGGUAAGGAUGGAUUGUCAGAGUCAUUGGGCUUGCCAUUUCUGUUGCUUGGAUUGUGCAUAUAAUCCUAUAUAUGCUCAUACAACCACCAGCGUCGGCUUUCCUGAACGAUUGUUUUAUAACCCUCGACCGGUGGUGGGGUGGAAUUCUACCCUCAUGAGUUCGUUCUUAUUUAACGUGGCCCUCAUACUUUGCUGUGCAACGAGUGCAAUACAAUUUUGUGCUAAGGCCUUUGCUGCAUAUGCACAAGAAACAGCAGUGCAGGAGAUAUUCGGUCAUACGCUAGAAAAUCUUCAAGGCAUACGCUACCUAUACGUGUUUAACUUGUUCCAGUACAUAUUCAUUGUCAUGUUUGUUGUGACAUUCAUUUACUUCUUGGCUGUGGUAAGUGCCGGACCAUUUCUCAACCAUUCCAACCGCAUGCCUUGUUUGUGUGCGGCUAGAGUGCUGGGAGUGCAUAGCAGCAGUAUGGUUGAACUGUGGUACCGAGUGCUUGCAGGAACAGAAGCGAUGGAAAAGAAAAGGAAAGAAGUGAGCCCAUACUUCAACAUGGAGCUGGGCUGA